AUGUUGAAGAUCCCCGCACGUUUUAAACAAUGUGACCUCAGUGUAUCCCUUGCGUUUGAUUAUUGUGACUGCAUUGUCAACAUGGGUACGAGGGCUGCUGCAUUUACAGCCAAAAUUCGCAGCCUAUAUGACUACCAUCUGCGACUCAUGCAAGGAGUUAUGCCCCCUCCCUCAGGGGUUGACAUAGCAAACACAAUCAAAUACUUCUCUCAAACCCUUCUGACUGUCCUUAAAGAUGUACCUAACUCGCCCUUCGAACUUUUGAAGAAUCCAGAAAUGGAUGCUGUAAGGAUGGGUCUCUUUCCCAGCCUUGACUACAAAGGUCUCUAUAACUCUAUUAUCCCUCUUAUUGAGGUCGCACCACUUAUUCCUUAUGGACUGCACGCAUUUGGUCAGGCCAUUCUCCAAUGUCUCGGCUGUCUUCUUCCGUUCUUAGAGCAUGACUUAAUCGACAACCUACCCUACCUAGCAGCGUCUUCAAUAUCAGUUCUACCAAGCUCCUUACACCAGGAUAUAAUCAACUCCUUAUGCUUCUAUAUUUUACCAUUUACGAUCACUAGGCACACGGAGAGAGAACAAGACAUCUGCCAGUCAGUUUCUGCAGUGAUCAUGAUGGUUUUUCAAUACUCAACCAACCCAGCACACCAUUGUCAACUUUUGGAAUGCCUUAUGACCUUGAAGCAGAAUAUUUUGAAGGAUAUCUUAUGCGUUAUAGCGUAUGGAACAUCAGCCGCGCGUGCGUCAGCUGCUAAGCUAUUGUUUUAUUACUGGCCAACGUUCAACGCCAACUUGUUCGAUAGGAAAAAUCUUAUAUGCAAAUUUGCUGAUCCCACCCCAUUCGUGUGCCAAAGGGAUUCGUGUCCGAACGCAGGAAAUGCAGAAGCUGCCAAGGUUUGUUACAAUCACUGUAUUUCUAUAACCUUCGCAAAUGAUACACCACCUCCUUUGUAUCUCUGCAUCGAAUGUGCGAACGAGAUUCACAGAGAACACCCAAAUCAACAGUUCUUCGAUAUUCUACACCCUAUGCAGCAAGUUUCCAUGGUCUGUGAAAAUAAGAAUUGUCGCUCAACAGACAAAGCAGCCAUCUCUAUAUGUUUUUCAACGGAAUGUGCCAGUUACAACGGCAACCACCCGAUUAGGUACUGCGAACAAUGCCACAACAACAGGCACAAUAAUCGAAGGGGUGGUGACCAUGUCGUACAUAGAUGUUUGCCCCCUACAUGGUCUAUGGACUCAGAAAUGCAAACAUAUAUGGUGGAAGCUAUAGUUAGUUUAUUAAAAGAAGCCAAAGGUGAAAUGAAAGAAGGAAAAGAAGGAAGGGAUGUUAAAGAAGGUAAAAGUCCUAUUCCGGCUUUGGAUAAUAUCACGAUAGAAGAACGGCAACUUUUGGGAAGGUAUGGUAUUUGGUUGUUGGUUGGACGGUGUACUCCAACAGACAAAACCCCAACGGAAGUUCUGGGAAGAUUGCUAGCUAUGAUAUUUCACUGGUUUCAUAUGACGGCCUAUUCUUAUGACGGGCAAGACGAGACUACCUUAGAGAAACUGAAGACUGAAGUUGUUUGUAUAUGGCUGCGUGAUAUAAGCCAUUCACAUUACAAACUGUUCAUUUCUUGUUUGCUUCCUCAUCCCCCAGAAUAUGCUAGGAUCGGAGGACACUGGGAUACCUUAUCAUCAAGGACAACUCACUUAAAAGAUGGCUUGAAUCGAUUAUUUUGUUUGGUUCCUUAUGAGGUUAUAACGCAGGAAAUAUGGGACUAUGUAAUGCCACACUGGAUGGAAGCAAUUGUCAAUGAUGUUCCCGAAAAAGAACUGUUCGAAUUACGUAUUAUUUUAAGUAAAAUAUUGGAUACGGAAAUGAGUCCUUUAGGCUUCAAUGCUAAGAAGAUGUAUCAGUUCGUUGCAUUUCGUUUUCAGAAAACCAGUGCCAAAGUGCAAGAACAAGCGCUACAUUGGUUGCAGACGCUAACACUUCUAGAAAUAAUCAUUCCACUCCAUCUUUUGUUUUCCAUUUUUGAAGAAGGUGUUUCUUACAUGAAAGAUGGCGCGGUAGAAAGCAAUGGCGAGGCAAUAAAAUCUACGGAUCUAGAGAUACCAGGGACUGCAGAUCAACAAAAAAGGGGGUCAAUUUCACCUCUUAUUGAAGAUGACGAUUCAGGCAAGACAUCAUUUUCAGAUGAGGAAAAUCGGUUAUCGCAGCAUGCCGAGUUCAAAACAGAUGCUGAACACAACCUUUCUUGUUGCAUUUUAAUGUUGGACAUCCUACUAAAACAGAUGGAACUGCAGGAUAUAGACAAACACACUGGCUUAAACUCCUCCUUAUGCAAAGACGUUUGCUGGCUGCUUAAGUGUAUGAUAACAGCCGCUUGGAUUGGAAACCAUUUCUGCACGUCUAAAUCUGAAUGCACUUACUGUGAAUCGAGCAUCAUGUGGCACCAACUGUCGCUGCAACUUAUAAAGUACCUGUUGUCGAUCUAUCCGGCUCACCCACCGGACCCGCCGUUAGAGGAAAAUUGGGAAGACGUACAUAGUAGAAAGAGCCCGCCUGAAAGCGAAAAAAAAGAAGCCAAAACGGACGUUGUUUUAAAUAUGCCAAUACCGGAAGUACACUCAGUAGGAGGAGUUUUAGUACACAUGCCACACGUGUGUUCUAUCAUGACAGCUACUGUAGAAACGGUUUCCGAACAGCUAGAUUUGGCAGCUAUAAUUCCAGCAGAAAAAGUGGUUUCCGCAGUAGCCAGAGCUAUCACCUUAUCCGAAUCUGAUGUCGCUACGGCUACUGCACUAAUAGCUAAGCCUCAAGUGAUCGGAGAGAACGACGAACCUAUUGAAACCAAUAUAGCUGAUGAUAUAGACAAUUUUUGGCAAACUUCCGUAGGAAAGUUUAAAUUUUCCGUUGACGAUCUGCCGCAACCCUUGCAGUAUAUUCACCAGUUAUUGCAAGAACUGUCCAAAGUCGACAAACCUGAUAUUUUGUAUUAUAUGCUGCAAUGUUUGAAUGUCUUGAUUUUGCACGGAGAUGCUUGCACUAAGGCAUCCAAGGAACACAGGGGAUUCUUUAUUUGGUGUCAAGAGAAUUUACUGAUAAAAAAUCUAUGGGAGCUGUGCAAUUCGGAACACUCACACAUAUGCCAAACAGUAGUGCCGUUGCUUUUGCACUGUAUAACACUACCGGCAGGUUCCGAUGUUUUUUGGAGGGUUAUACAAGAAGCAUUCCACUGCCCUGAUUGGUGUGUUAGAUUCACAGCCGUGGAAAGAGUCACGGUUAUAACGAGAUUCAUGGAUUCUAGCCCGCUGAGAAACGUCCAGCCUUUGCAAGCUGCUUUGGCUAAUGCUUUUUGUUACUUAAUUUCUAGUAUGGAUGACAAUAAUGUGUACGUAGCUCAAAGAGCUACCCUCUAUCUGGGCACAAUUCAUGAUUCAGCGAUUCAGUCUUUAAUUAUGUGUUUAGAGACGCAGUUUGACUGCGUUAUUGUAGACCGCCCGAUGGUGUUGCAGUCUCUGUACCAGCUACACAAUUCCCUGAGUGAAAGAAAAAUUUUGAAUUGGGACUUUUUUCUUAACAGAUUUGAUACUUUAUUUAUCGAGGCACAAAUUAGUUUGGAAAAGUCAGGAGACAUUACUUAUCUAAGAGAUUUAAGGAACUCAGACAUAAAUAGUGAAUCAUUAAUAAGAAAGGUGCACAGAGCACAUGAAGCUUUAUCUCAGUCUGAUGGAAGUGCUGCUAGUUCUGUAAAAACUCUUAGUGCAAGUUUUGGAACCAAAUGGCCUUAUAAACGUACAAUGUCAGCCCCUGCGUCUAUCGUAACUCGCCAUGAAAGUAAAGAAACGAAGGAAAAAGUUUACAGCCGUCAGUAUUCAGCACCGAUUCUAAAGAGGAAAAGUUCACGAUUCGGACUGGAUGGCCAUAUGCACUCGCUUAAUGUAGUAGAGGACCAAAACUUAACAACAUUUCUUCAGAGAGUGAUCGACCUUGAAGAAGCUGACAAAGAAACGAUGCAUUUAUUAGUAUUUCUGCUCAUGCAAUUCCUCUCGAGAUCCGACCAAGCAUUUCCGGCGGAAGAAAAACAUUUAGCCAAAACUCAAGGAAUUGUUCUCCGACACCUAUACCUUCUUUUAGGCUACAGUCAGAACGAUAGAGGCUUAUACUUGCCACCCCAGAGGCUGAGGUCAUCGCCCGCUUUUAGUGUUUUUCUUUCAAAUUUACCACAACUGAUGGACCAAAAUCAUCUGAUGGGGCGGCUAUUGCUUCCGACGUGUUUGAUUUUGCUUCAAUAUGCGCCUUCUCCCUAUUAUAUUCCAAAUGCUAUGGAGUUCCAACAACCAACUUACAGUUUAUGGUCACUUGAACCACACUUUAGGAAAAACUGGCUCAUGUCUUUAGUAGUAUUACUAUACAAGUACCAGUACAACCAACAACCACACUGUAUGCAGCUUACUUCGCUUAUAAGAAUCGUUUUGAACACUCUGGACUCGCAACAUCAUCACUGCAGGAGAAUCCCAGCAACUAUCAUAAUGGGUGCCUUGCCUUCUAGAUCCAGAGAUGUAAGCCAGCCGUCUCUGGGUGCGGAAAUUGACCAUCCGGAGCGAAAUACCCCACCUCUCUCGCCGAUGUACUCAUCAGAUGGACAAUCUAUUCAAGUUUCGGUGAGUUCAAAAGGAGGCAAAAUCCAAGUAGCUUACGUCAAACCUUCCUCGACUACAAGCAUGGAGACUCACUGGGAAGAAGCCAUACAGUGCGUUCACCCAGAGAAGAAAACCAAACGGUUUACAGACCUUAGCAUCGAUGAUGAUACGGAAUCUGAAUUGAUAGCUAUACCAGAAAGUGACAUGUCUGACAGUACGCUUCAAGGCAGCGUUCAAGACUCGUUCGAUGAGGGAAUUAGUGAUACGUGUUGCCCUAUGCCUGAAAAACAACUUGCUAUAGUUAAAUCUCCGAAAGAUACAUAUUAUAGUCAAAUUGUGAAAAUUACUUCCAACAAAGGUAGGCCUACUUGGAUUAUAGGCAGUGAGGAUGAGUCUGUCAAGUCUUGUGACAACCGGAUCCUUCAAGAAACUUCCAAAUCUCAUUUUGAAUUUAACAAACACUGUACAAGAUUAAAUUCUACAGCCUCGAUCAACGGGGCACAGCUAGCUAAAACCGUUACUACAGAUUUCCACAAACAUGUUACUUCAACUUUGGUAGACACGCAUCAUAUGGGCAAACCGACUCCUUUAGGAAAACAUAAAAAAAUUAUCGAACCUAGUAUCACACCUGUUUGCACACCGGUAUCUGACUGUGAUGACUGUUUCAAGAACAAUCAACAUAUUCUACCUACUCCUUCCCUAGAAAGGCUCUUGCCCAUAGGAUCUUCUAGAUUACCAGAUUCUCCUCUUACAGAUGACGUAUUUUCUCCAAUGUUAGAAUCACAAUUAGAAAUUCCAAGCCAAGAAAGGCUUCUCCCCAUUGGUCAACACACGAAAGAUAUAUCUCAGUUAGUCGAUAAGGUACGACAAGCAUUGGGAAUCAAUGCUCAGCUGAUUAAAACGGACAACAAAAAAAUUGAUAAAUAUGUGUCUUCAGAACAACCGCAACCAACUUCGUCUCAAUAUCACAGCCCUAGAAGACUUAUAAAGCAAGUUGCUUUGGAAAGUCCGCCAAAUCAGUUUGAACCUGAAGAUAACGGACACUUCUUCAAAACUAUCAAAAUGGAAAACCAAAGUAAGCAUACACGCCAGGGUUGGUUGAUUGGAUCCUGAACAAAAUUUAGUAUUACAUCUAAUUUAGAAGAUUUGAUAGUAAAUCACAGGCAAAGAAUGAGGAAAGCAGGGCCAUUUGCAAUGAACUCAUAUUCCUCUCAUGACCCCAGAAAACCAGGAGCUUGGUAUAGCCCAGAAAUGUCUCCAAAGUUAGAAGGGAGUGAUAUGAAGCAAAGUUCUUUCAGAAUUGGUGACGACUGUGUAAACGAGAGAUGUUCUGAAUGCGGUAUGGUGAAAGAAGAAUAUAGUGAUGAAGAAAUCGGACUCUGUAUUGUUACAUUAGGCACGUUUAUUCAUCGAGAACCAGCUUUAGCGGCACCGCUACUGCCGGAUAUUUUAAGUAUAGUUUCCAAGGUAGCAACGAAUGCAAUGUAUCCUUGGCAAAGUGAAAGCAAUAUACAUUUACCAGGUGGAGCAAUAAGUGUUGCACAUCAAUUUUUACGGUGUGUUUUGCAUCAACUUGCGCCUAAUGGAAUUUUCACUCAAAUGUUUCAAACCAACGCACCAGAAAAUAUAAGAAUCCAGUUUUUUAAAAGCGUCAUUCAAGCAUUAAUAGAUUUCAACGAAUUAAAUCCUGUAGCACCAAUUCAACUUUUGUUAGAGACUUUAAACUCAAAGAAGACACUUCCGGUGGACAUUUUACCUACGAUUUUACAAAAUAUGUCUUGUUAUUUAAAUUGUUUGCCGUUAGAAGCACCAUUUGGCCCCAGUACGCCAAUUUGGAGUACAGUUUUGCAACAGUUGGAGAUUUUAUACAGAAAAAUGAUAUUUUUGUUAAAUGCGAUGGAUGACAUCACGCCACUUCUUAAAAUAAUUUCAUCGGUAUUUAAAAUACCGUUAAUAUCUCAGUUCAAGGGACUGUUAGAGCCUUUUUCUAAAGUUCUGAGUUACGCUAUACAAACACAGGUUUUGAAGUACAGCUAUCUUGUAGAAAUCUGUUAUUUAUGCAAUAGGGCUUUUACAAAGGAAAGAGACAAGUUGAUACUCAGUAGAAUGGUAGUCUUUGAGUUAGUUCAAGCUCUUAAAUUUAAAACAACAAUACCAGAUUCCAAUUUGCUUAUGUUGAUAAAUUUAAUUUUACAGGACAUAGGUGGCGCAAUCCCAUCAAAUGUUGUAAUAAAAGACUGUCAAUCGAUAUCUUUAGAAUAUGGUCCUACCUUCACGACGGGCAUAUCAGAAUGUAUGAAACUAAAUCUAGGUGAUAUUUUAGAAUUUUUGACUGAUUUUCACGCAAUAUCCAAAAUGAAGAGUUAUUGUAAAGGUAUAAACGUAGGAUUAAACGACGAUACGUUAGGAGGAAUUAUUAAAUGUAACGUUGCUCAAUACCUAGCUCUGGAAAUUACGAAAGGAAAUGGGAGAGAUAAUCGAGCAGUAACUAGGUAUUUUCCUUGGUUAUAUACUACUUCAAUAACACAACAAAGUCCGAGAGAAUUUGUUGAAUGCAUUGGACAUAUACGAUUGCUAUCGUGGCUUUUACUGGGUUCUCUAACGCAUACAGCAUUACAAGGUACCAAUAACGGUCAAGUUGUAAGCCAACCUAUCCCUCAAGAAGCCUCCUGUCAGAUCGCUGAUCAUAUCCACGUUAUUAUGGCUGGAUUUGCCGAACAACCAAAGGCAUCGGUUUUGCAUAUGUCGUCACUAUUUCAUACUUUUAUCCUAUGCCAGCUCUGGACAGUGUAUUUGGAACAAGGUCUAAAUGGCCACAUUCCAAUCACGGAAGCUUACAACAUAACGAUGAAUAUUUUGUUUGACUUUUGGGGAAAAGUAACGCCCUGUAUCUUGCAGCUUAUUCAACAGUCGAAAAUGUUGAGUGAAAUUGUUAGCUUGCAUUUUUUAAGUAUGUUAGAAGCCUUGCUAGAAUGCCAGUCCACUUUCGUUGGCAAAUUACUGCCACUUUGGACACCCGUUUUAUGCUCAAAUCAAAUUCAGCUUCCAGGACAUCUACAGGUGCGUUUACAAAACUGUCGGAACUUCCCACCAACGACUUUCCCAGAAGCUGUUCCCGAGAAGAUACGGUUAGGAAAUUUACAUAACCCCAUGUUAUUAAAAUGGCUGCAAAGGUUGCAAUUUAAAAUGGGCCAAAUCGAACUGCAAUCGUCAACAGCUACUCAGUUUUAUUCAUUAUGAAAUAUUUCCGUUAAUUUUUUCUAUAACAAUUACUACAUCAUAAACAUAUUUUAUA